CUGACCUGCAGCUCUGACGGAGGAGCCCAGUCCUGGACUCUGAGGUUCUCCCAUUCAGUAAUCAGUACUGCAGCACUGCACAGACUACUCACCAUGGACAUCAGGCUCAGCUUGGCUUUCCUUGUCCUUUUCAUAAAAGGUGUCCAGUGUGAGGUGCAGCUGGUGGAGUCUGGGGGAGGCUUAGUGCAGCCUGGAAGGUCCAUGAAACUCUCCUGUGCAGCCUCAGGAUUCACUUUCAGUAACUAUUACAUGGCCUGGGUCCGCCAGGCUCCAACGAAGGGUCUGGAGUGGGUCGCAUCCAUUAGUACUGGUGGUGGUAACACUUACUAUCGAGACUCCGUGAAGGGCCGAUUCACUAUCUCCAGAGAUAAUGCAAAAAGCACCCUAUACCUGCAAAUGGACAGUCUGAGGUCUGAGGAAACGGCCACUUAUUACUGUGCAAGACACACAGUGAGUGAAUGUCACUGUGUCUGGUGUGAGGUGAAGCUAGUGGAGUCUGGGGGAGGAUUAGUACAGCCUGGAAGUUCCCUGAAACUCUCCUGUGUAGCCUCUUUCAGCCUCCUGUGUAGAUUCACUUUCAGUAAGUAUGACAUGCGCUGGGUUCACCAGGCUCCAAAGAAGGGUCUGGAAUUGGUAGCAAUCAUUUAUUAUGGUAGUGAUAACAAGUACUAUGCAGACAUAGUGAAGGGUCAAUUCACCAUCUCCAGAGAGAAUUCUAAGAACACCCUGUACCUGGAAAAGAGCAGUCUGAGGUCUGAGGACACAGCCAUGUAUUAUUUUGCAAAACACAGUGAGGAAAUAUUACUGUGA